GAGACGCGUACAGUCACUUAGUCAGUGGAUUACUACCGCUCAUUACGCUCGACUGGCCGUGAUGACGGAAACCGAGCCAACGAGCGGGACCGAGAGCGUGCCUGCUCAAUCAGCACCCUUGCUAGACACGAAUGCAAAUGCAGACGUAACGGCCGAAUCCACACCUGAAGAUGAUGUGAAGGCAACAAGUCCAGGUCCCAACGACCAGAAGUCGCCUGGUAAGGAGGGUACAGACGCGUCAAAGUCAAGGAGCGCGAACGGGAAAGACGGUGCUAAACGGGGUAACUCCUCUAAGCCUGGUACACCCAGGGAUAAAGGGAAGAAGAACGGGCGGGAACGAGAAAGGGAUAAUAAGGACAGGGACAAAGACGAGGAGAAGGGUGAGAAGGAAAAGGAUGAUGAUGGACAAGCUGCUGAAGGGAAGCCUACGCCUACUAAACGUACGGAGCCGUAUGUUAAUGAAGAACGAGUCAAGACUGGGGGUCCUCAACGGGAAAAACCAUCCGACGAAGAACUCGCAGCUCGCAUGGAACGAAUACGCUUGAACAACGAAAAGAUUAAGGAACGACGCGCUGCCGUCCAAGCAGACGAACAAGCAUUCCAAGCCUCACAAGCAGCAGAACGCGCUAAGAAUGCUGCGCAGCGUAAGAUCCAAACAGGGAUCGAUGAGAAGCGCGCGAUAAAUGCGAAGCGGAAGAUGGAGAGGGUUGCUGUGAGGGAGUGGGACAGCUUCAAGAAGGGUGUGGGUGCCGGCCCGGGUAGUGGGGGAGGGACGAACGCCUCGAUGUAUGCACCAGGGAACACUCUAACUGCCGGUGAUGAAGGCACGACAGAGGAUCAAGCGGAAUGGGGUGGAGAAUUUGAGAGAGGACGUGGAAGAGGACGUGGAGCAGGUCGGGGAGCUCGCGCCCGAGGUCAACGUGGUGUACGAGGGGGCGGUCGCGGUCGAGGUGGAUUUGAAGGCCAAAGGACAUCAGAUAUCAAGGACGAGAAGUCAGACGACAAGGAUGAUACUGGUGGCUGGGGAACUGGUGCAGAGGUAUGGGGAUCAGCAACGAAUGUUGACACACCUCAGACUGGCGUUGCGAUUACGACGAACGACCCGGAUCCAUGGGGCGCUGUGCCAGCCGAUGAUCCUUGGGGUGCACCAAGCACAACGGCGCCUGCAGUUGAGGAAGAGAAGAGCUAGGUUGCCUUAAGGUUGAGAAUAUGAAUGAUACGCGCUGGCUUUCUUUUUGUUGGAAGUUAAAUGGAACAUAGUAGUUAUGCUGUAAUUCCUUUAUAUAUAAAAAGCGGAUCAUGGCUUAUACCACCAAUGAGCGAUGAAUGUAUACGAGGAUGUAUGACAUUCGGCGCUAUGUAUCCCACCUGCUGUUGUUUCACGUACCGUGGUCGCUUAAUUGACGUUCAAUGUUAAAC